GUUAUAAGAUAUGUACAUAUCCACUAACAUUAAUGUUGCAGACAUGUACAGAGUGUGUGAGUGUGUGUUGGAGGGUGUUAUAUUUUUGGUUAGGACAGCCCCCCCCCCCUCCUAAAUAAAUGACACAGUAUAUAGGAGCAGAGCUGUCGGCACCGUCCCCACUCACAGGAUCAUCAACAUAAGGUGUUUUGAAGAUGUCGAGUGAGAAGAACCCGGAGGUGGUGGCGUGCGACGCCUCCAUCAUGAAGGACGUGUGGGAGAUCAGACUGCGAGAGCAGGAACAGAAGAAGCAGAUGGAGGAGGAACGAAUUCAGAAGAGCGCUCUGCCCUCUAUUAAUCAAGACUGGGCGAAUCGUGUAACUGCCAGAACGGGAAACUUCAGACGGGUGGAAAGGAAAACUAAACCUGUUGAUACUCAGAUAGAUGACAACAAUGUCUGGAAGAGCAAACAACCCAUGGUUACUCCUGUUUUUCCUCGUGGUGCUGGCUCAGGAUCUCUUGCUAGACUAGGAGUCCAGAGUCGAGGCUUCUCCACUCCAGCCCAAAACCACAAGAAUAAAAAGGGGCAGGACAAGUAUUUCAACAAGUUACAGGUACUCAUGUUUAUCACCCAGACUCAACCCUCUGCUAUGGUGUGGGGGAAGUCGUGGAAGUACAACAAAUCGUUGCCUUCACCAGCAGAGGGCAUCACAACCAAAUCAGAUUGGGGUCAGUGCUGGAUGUUUGCUACCCAGCAGCCUAACUCUGAAGCAGGCAAGCCUUGGCCAAACGGGCCCAACAUUGUGGACCCCCACAGACUUCCUCUCUGGAAGAAACCUGACUACAGGUUGAUGGAAUCACAAGAGCUACAGGCAAGUCUUCCCGCUGAGAAGUGGCAGAUGUCCUGGAGAAAGUCAAGCAAAAACAACACGAAGGAUACCUCUUCCAUGAAUGGAGAUAAUGUGAGCAGAUCUGGAUACUUCACCUUAUUGCUGGAGACUCAGCACCCCAACAAAGCCUUGUGCUUGCCAGAAUGGAAUGAUUCAUGGAGAUCAGCCAAGUCUGUUACUAACAAGCAAGAAAAGCUUGUCAACCAUGUUGAGUGCAACAAAUCCCAGUUGAAUCAUUGGGCUAAUUCAUGGAGAACAGUUGUCAUCAACAACCACAAGAAUUCUGAUCACAGUGAUACCUAUGAUGAUUGCAUCCAGCAGAAGAAGUCACAUCUGCCCAAAAUCAUGCUGGCAUCCAAUGAUCAUAAGUACAUAGAUCUGUACUUGCAGCUCUGCAAUGAAUUUAAGGCUCACUCUGAGUGGAUCAUGUCAUGGCAGAUGACCAAAAACAACUCAAAACCAUGUGAAGAGAUGGAGAAGGUCCUAAAAGACUUCCAACCAUUGAUGGAGGCUCAGAAGAUGGAGGAGAAGCCAAAGGAGUAUUAUUCAACAUCAGAAAUCGCAGACCCACACUAUGAGCAACUGAAGCAAAGCAUAAUAUACCAGUCAAGGAGAGAAUUCACCCAGUUAAAGCUGCACUCUCUGAAAUCUGUGGAAAAUUUCUCGUUUCCCUCCAAUUGGACCGACUCCUGGCAAACACUGAAACAUAGAAUGAGGAUGGAGAGAAGAAGGAUGAGGCCUGACCCUUCGAGGCCUUUCAGAGAGUCAGAGACUGGAGCAGAGAUGAAGUCCGCAGAAUGGAAAGACUCGUGGAAAUUCACAAGUCAGCCUCUACGUCAGGAGCCUGAACUGUGGCAGCGGGCUUGGCCCACCACACCCCAAAUCCGAGUCGAUCGGGCAAGGAAUCAGAACCACUUUGCACCUGUGGAACUCCCUAAGAAUGGGCCAACUGCAGAACGGAGUUGGGGAGAGUCAUGGAGGUUCUCAAGGCGCCAUCACCGAUCACAACCUCUGCGCGGUAAUCCACAAACAAGCCAAGGAAGGUCAAAUGUGGUUGGCCAACAUCCCAACAAUUCCCGGGCUCAGAGGAGGUCUGCUGGGUCAGCUUCUGACUGGCAGGAAUCCUGGAUGGUCUCAGAAAGUCAGUUUCACCAUGAUAAACCCUCCCUACUCCAGUGGAGGGAAGCUUGGAAGUGUUCCGCCUUCCACACCGAAAACUGGACAGAGCAGGUGACCAGAGACAACUCUGUCUUUGAGGAAAUGGAGAUCCAACCAAUGAAGAAGAAGAUUUCCUUGCAGAGAGCCGAAGCUAAGAUGAGCUGGACUAUUGACAACCAGAUGUUCAGGGAAAGAUACCCUGAAAAACAAUGGAGCACAUCAUGGAGAGCCGGGUCACUUCUGAACCAUCAACCAAGUCAUUAUGGAUCUUCAGGAAUACCUGGGAAAAACAUAGGAAACACUACUCAGCAUGGAUCUAUGUGGGGAAAGUCAUUCAGACUCGCCAACCCCAUGCCCCAGGUGGAAAAACCUUGGUUAGAGUCCCCUCCUAACCUUUGUCACUAUACAGUAAUGUGGUCAAGAGGAAAGACCAUAAAAAAUAAAAUCUACACGAACCUAAACAGCAACCCUGCAAACUUAAGGCUUUGGCAAGGCUCCUAUCAGUUACUGCAGGGGGCCAAUGUAGUGAUCCAACACAAAAGUAAGUCAAAGGCGCUUGCUGACCCGAGGGUUAUCCUAUCAAACAAGAUCAAAACAAGAAGCAAUUUGUACUCCAAAAUUGAAAAAGAGAAACAAUCAAAGAGGCAGUGUGCAGGAUGCCACCUGCUGGGUAAAACCCAACCACGUCCCACGAGACGCCCUGCUUCAGUGAAGACACUCAAGAUGAAGGAUGAGUCCAAAGAGAAGUUCUUUGAAGACUGGGCUGAGUCUUGGAGGUCCUUGGAUGAGCCUGGUGGGCCGAAAAAGCGGAUGCCCAUGACGUCACUCUCAGGUUGGGCCGAAUCAUGGAAGUUUCUCCUUCCAACCUACCAGCCAGUGAAUGGCCCCAAGGCGAUGUAGAAGGCAUGAUCUGACAGAGCAUUUCCUUUAGACUUGUUUAAAUAAUAAAGUAAUUAUUUACCUCCA